AUGACUUCUAUACCCUUCAGAGGAAACACCUUACAUGAACAACCUUUUGAAUAUAAUCCUACGGACUGGGUUCAGAGAAUAAUCAACAAUAAUAGAAGAGGUGUUUCGCAUAAAGCUCACAGCGUCUUCUGUGAAUUAGAUGUCCUUCGGAAACAUAAUGAAAACUUUGAAUGGAAGGAAUCGGCGAGGUGGGUUAAAUAUGAAGAAAAUUUGGAUGAAGGAGGAAAACGCUGGUCCAAGCCUCAUGUUGCCUCUUUGUCUAUGCACUCGCUGUUUGAACUGCGAUGUGCUUUCGUAGAAGGCGUUGUUUCACUAGACCAUGAUGCCCAUUCGCUAUCUAAUGUCAAUGACAAGCUCCUUGAAGAAUGGCAGGAUCAGAAUGAUAUGGACACAAGGUUACGCCCACAUCUUAGGGAUAUAAUGUUGGCAGGACAUAAACACAGCCAUGUAAAGCGUUCUAAGGCGUCUAAAGGAAGCAGAACUCUGUCCGAUAUUUCUGAUGAGAAAUAAAAGGGAGGAUAUGGUUUCAACCUUUCAUCAAGUGCAAGUCUUGCAAGUAUGGAUAGUUCUGGACUGCAGAGUGCUCCAAGUUCACAAGAUCUCUCACUUGACCCAACUAGUCCCAGUUAUAAGCCCAAUCUGAACUUUAUGAGGAAGCUUCCAAAAGAUGCCGAGGCUGCCAAUAUAAUGGUUGGAGAAGUUGAAGAGCUUGAGAAGAGAUUGGUUGGUUUUAUGAGGCUAAAAGAGCCACGGCUUCUUGGUGAUGUAACAGAAGUAGCAUUGCCGUCACGCUUCGUUUGUUUCAUGUUCGGACCGAAAGGAAGCAUGACCCAGCUAAUGGAACUCGGAAGAUGCAUAUCAACUAUGAUGGUUGACGAGAUAUUCCGGGAAUUAGCUUACAAGUGUCUAGAAAAAGAAGAGUUCUUGGCUGGUGUUGACGAGUUCAUGGAACAAGUAACGGUCCUACCACCUGGGGAAUGGGAUCCAACAAUUCGUCUGGAACCACCUUCAAAAGUUCCAUCUCAGAAUUUUAGAAAGAAUUCAAUUAAUCCGUGCCUCGAGAAACUUUUAUCAGUAGAAGACGUGGGACACAGUAUAGAUGAUCCGGCACUCACGUGCUCAAAAAUACCAUUCAAGGGUUUAGUAGACGAUAUUAAACGAAAGGUUCCACAUUAUCUCACUGACUUCAAAGAUGCCUUACAUAUCCAAUGUUUCGCUUCAUUUGUCUAUGUGUUCCUUGGAACAUUGACACCAAACGUAACAUUUGGUGGAUUGCUUGGUCAAGCUACUGAUCAGUAUAUGGGAGUGAUGGAGUGUAUAUUUGCAGCAGCUGUUACUGGUGUCUUGUUCGCCUUAUUUGGAGGACAACCAAUGAAUAUUCUAGGAAGCACAGGUCCCAUGUUAGUGUUAGAAACAAUAAUCUAUAAUUUAUGCAAAGAUAACGAUUGGGAUUUUAUGCCGGCGAGAUUCUGGGUAGGAAUGUGGACUGUACUAUUCAUUCUAAUUAUAGUCGUAUUCAACCUGAGCUCCUGCGUCAAGUAUAUCACUCGAUUCACAGAAGACAGUUUUGCUACACUGAUUGCAGUGAUAUUUAUUGUGGAGGCCUUCAAGAAGUUAUUUGAGAUAGAAAAGAAUUAUCCUGUUAACUUUAAUCCCGAUGACCCCAUCCCUUUCAACUGUUCAUGUAGCAGUACAUGUAAUGAAAACGUCACAACAGCGCUCGGGGCCCUCGGCUAUGGUGCUUUUACCAACUAUACGUGCACAGGAACAGAAAAUUUUACGACCAGCAAUAUAAGUAUCAACUGGAAUGGAUUGACACCAGCCGGUUGUAGUGAAUUCGGUGGAAGCUGGGUUUGCGAUCCUAAACAAUAUUAUGGAGAUGUAUUUUUCCUGUCCGUUAUUCUAUUUGCCGGAACUUUUGGAAUAACAGUCUUAUUGAUUUCAUUCAAAACUAGCUCACUGUUUCCAAAUGUGAUUCGUCAAAGAGUAAGUGACUUCAGUGUGUUGAUAGCCAUUGUUGCCAUGGUGUUGCUUGAUUAUUUCCUGGGUCUCCCGACACCAAAACUAACUGUACCAAGUGAAUUCAAGCCAACAAGAGCAGGUCGUGGAUGGAUCAUCAGUCCGUUUAGUGAAAAGAACCCGUGGUGGUUGUAUUUGGCUGCUAGCGUUCCUGCCGCCCUUUCAACAAUCUUAGUCUUUUUAGAUCAACAGAUUACUGCUGUGAUUGUCAAUAGAAAAGAACAUAAAUUACAGAAAGGGGUUGGUUACCAUUUAGAUAUGUUUAUAGUUGCCAUUACUGUGGGUAUUCAUUCAUUGCUCGGUCUUCCAUGGUACGUAGCUGCCACUGUGUCUGCACUUGCUCAUGUCCAAAGUCUACAGAAAGAAUCUGAAUGUACAGCUCCUGGCGAAAAACCAGUGUUUUUGGGAGUCAGAGAACAGAGAGUGACAGCUUUAUUUAUUGGUAUACUAAGUGGUUUGGCCGUACUCAUAACCAGUGUUCUUAGGAUUAUACCAAUGCCUGUGUUAUAUGGGGUCUUUUUCUUUAUGGGAUUUUCAGCAUUGCGGGGACAACAAUUUGUGGAUCGUCUGAUCUUGUUCCUGCAACCACGUAAAUAUCAACCAGAUGUGCCAUACAUUCGUCACGUACAGUUAUGGAGAAUUCAUGUGUUUACCAUUAUCCAGAUAAUCUGUUUGGUGCUAUUGUGGGUCGUGAAGAGCAUAAAAGCUAUUUCCAUUGCCUUUCCACUUUUGGUGUUAGCUACUGGAAUAGUGCGAAAAAUGCUGGAGUGUGUUUACACAAAUCAUGAGCUGAAAUAUAUCGAUGAUUUACUUCCAGGAAGUGAAAAGAAGUCUCACAACGAGGACAACGAGACAAUUGAUGUUCCAUAUAAAACCUUUAGCAGCAUCGAUUCCGUCAGCACAAUAGUAGAUGGCAAAGAAAACGGAGUUAAACCAAGCUUUUUUGUUGAUGAGGAGUGUGACGUGAAACAGACGACAAAAGCUCAAGGAAACACAAAACUUUGAAAUGUGACAUUCUAACUUAGAAUAUCGAAGAAAUACCAAACUUUGAAAUGUGACAUUCCAUGUUGAAAUAUAAGAGAAAUAUGAUAUUUAAUUAAAGAAUCUCUAAGAAAAAUGAAACCUUUCUUUCUAAUAAACCUAAAAUGAAUUCCUUAUACACAUGUUCUCAUAAUGUUUUAUCUAAAUGUGAAACAUUGUAUCUUGAAUGUGAUAGUAACUUAAAACGGAAAAUACGUCCUGAGGAUUUGGAAUUUUUAAUGUCAAUGAAUUAAAGUUAAAUGCCCUUUUUAAAAGAAAUGUUAAAAGCAAUGUGAUAAACAUAUAUGCAAUUUAUAUAUGAUUAACAAAUAGUUUAGUAUUUUCAUUUCUAUAUUCAUAUUUGUCUUCCUUAAAACUAGUUAGUGCAAGUCUUUUUUGAAAAAAUAUUGUAUAUUGAAGUGGCUAUAAUCUAAUGUAUGUACAUAUUUCGCUUGGUCACACUGUUCAUAUCAACUUUUUUUUUAAUAUCAGGAUAUCAUCUUAAGAUUGCCUAUUAUUCAUACUAGUAGUUGAGUAGUUUACGGAUU